AUGGCUACAGCUGUAGUACUCCGUUCCCGACCUUCGAUAGACUCUCUAAAGUCAACAAGAUCAAUAUCAACAGCUACUAGUCGAUCGAACAUUCACCAUCGCCUCCAGAAGACCCUUCCGACUCAAGACAAAGAUAUCUGGGCGAGCAACGAAGGUACUAAACCAAAGCCUCUCCCUGCGAAAUUUGCAGAAUUGAAGAAACACCUGGUGAAACCUGAACACUAUCAUGCAGUCCAGGCAAGUUGGGAUCGUCUUCUUGUUGCCUUAGAACAAAGGGUGAAGGAGAUCGAAAAUAAGGGACCAACGGCCGUCCCAGUUGUGGAUUUCACUGAGAUUCAACAAUCAAACGGUCAGUUUCCCACCGAGAUAGCAGACCUGAUCCGCGCAGCUGGAUGUUGCGUUGUACGGGGUGUUAUUCCUCGAGCCCAAGCUCUUGAUUGGAAAUCUUCUCUCCUCUCCUACGUCAAUCGCCAUCCAGAUAUCCGCCGAAUUCCCAACGAUUCUGACCCGCAGAUAUACUCCACAUUCUGGCAGAAAGCGCAAAUUGAAGCGCGGAGCCAUCCCGCAGUAAUCCGCGCUCAGGUAGCAAUGAGCCAGCUAUACACAGCGAGUGGAGACACGCAGGUAGAUCUCGUAAAUCAAGCUUUGUACGCGGAUCGCUGGCGCGUAAGGCGACCAGGUUCAGUGGGGAUGUUUCAGCCGCAUUUGGAUAAUGGAUCGAUUGAAAGAUGGGAGGAUAAAGAAUAUGGAAGGGUAUUUAGAAAAAUUUGGGAAGGGAAGUGGGAAGAGUACGAUGCUUGGGACAUGGAUCACAGAGCAGAGGCUGUUAUGGAUUUGUACGGGGGUCCGGGUGCGUGUUCGGCGUUCCGAAGCCUUCAAGGAUUGCUUUCGAUUGAUGAUAAUGGACCACGAUGUGGAACAAUCCAAUUUUUACCUGACAUCAAACUCUCCACUGCGUACAUUCUCUUGCGUCCAUACUUCAACGACCAGAACAAAUUAGACAUGGAUUCCACAUAUUUUUACGGUGCAGACCCCGGCCAGGGACAGGUUGUGAAAGACAUUUGGCAUCCUCACCUUCAAUUAAACAAGACAAUUAUUUCUUGUCCUCAGGCUGAACCUGGUGAUUACAUUUUUUGGCACUGCGACUUGGUACACAAGGUGGAAGAACAGCACAACGGUACGAACGACUCUUCCGUGGUAUACAUACCAGUCGUACCACUGUGCGCAUACAACAUCGGUAAUCUCAUCGAUCAGCGAAAAGCUUUUUUGGAAGGUGUUCCUCCGCCAGAUAUGCCUCCAGAGAGUGAAUCAGGAGGGCUCGAGAAGGAGCAUGAGGACAGAGGAACGCCAGAUGAUGUUUUGACUGUAGAAGGAAGACGAUUAAUGGGGUUAGAGCCGUUUGUGGAGAACGAGCCAGGCAUCACCAGUGGUCAAAAAGCAAUUCGAGAGGCUGCGAAUGAAGCUCUAGGGUUUUGA